CCCCAACCAAAAAAUCCCACACCGACCGACCAGUUCUUGUCUGCUCGCUGCUCGUUGUUUGCCCGUCCGUCCGUCUUGGUGGAACUCCGGUCCGUCCUCCCAGUGCCAAGCAGAGGCUUCGAUCGACGUCAGUUCCCCCAAUUUGCAAAAAAAAAACCGCAGAGCCGGACCUCUAUAAUCUUCCGUCUUGCCGCCAUCAACCAUUCUCGUCGUCGUCCUAGACAACGAGUUUCACGCCCUUUAGUCAUUCAUUGCUCGCCAUUGCCCAGGCUGAGCCAAUUUCGCUAUUAGGUGCCCCGGAGGAGUGCACGCGGUCCCUACGUCAUGGGCUUUUACCCUGUGCGUGCGAUUCCUUUUGUCCGACCGACGUUGUUGGUCGACCGCUCAUCGUGCUAUACAGUUUGAGGUGACGAAACCACAUGUCAUAUAUUCAUGUCUUGGUUCCAGUUCGGCAUGUUUUCUUUGUUUCUCCGUGAAAAGGUGUGUGUGUGUGUAUCACGAACUUUCCCCUCCUCCGUUUUCGUCACCGACGUCGACCCGCAGCUGUAUAUCGGAGAAGCAUGUUGGGCCUUUGUGUUCGGUGUCAUUAUCGGUCCAUACGGCGCAGGGAUAUUCAACCCCCGAGCCUGGGGCAACGAGGAUUCGACCAAUACUAUCGUUCUGGAGUUCACCAGGGUUGUCCUCGCAAUAGGUGUCUUUGCCAUAGGGGUGGAGUUGCCCAAAGCGUACAUGCGACGCCACUGGAAAAGCCUUUUCUUCCUUUUGGCUCCCGUAAUGACCUGGGGCUGGUUCGUCUCCGCCGGUCUCAUUUACGCCCUGAUUCCAGGCCUUAAUUUUCUGUCUUCUCUCGCCAUCGCCGCGUGUCUCACGCCAACGGACCCCAUUCUCGCAGCCGCUGUCGUCGGUGGGAAAUAUGCCGACAAACACGUCCCCGCUCAUAUCCGACAUCUCUUGGCCGCAGAGAGUGGUUGCAACGACGGUGCCGCUUUCCCUUUCCUCUAUAUCGCUCUCUACCUCGUCAUUGACGCCCCCAACACCGGGAAAGCUAUCAAAGAUUGGUUCCUUCUCCUGUGGCUCUAUCAGGUCGUCCUUGGCGUCGUCAUCGGUUCCUGCCUUGGCUUCGGCUUCAGGCACCUAAUGAAAUUUUGCGAACGACACGAUCUCAUAGAUCGACAUUCGUAUGUUGCCCAGUAUGUCUCACUCGCCAUGUUCGCCACUGGGGUGACCACUCUUCUCGGCUCAGAUGACCUCUUGUCGGCAUUUGCCUGCGGCACUGCGUUCGCGUGGGAUGGCUUCUUCAACCGACAGACGGAAGAGUCUGUUUUUAGUUCCGUCAUCGACCUGCUCUUUAACAUUGCCGCGUUUGUCUUUGUGGGCGCGUGGAUGCCGUUUAGCGAUUUCGCUAAUGAAGAACUCACCCUCAGCGUGUGGCGUUUGAUCGUCAUUGCCAUUCUCAUCCUCCUUCUCAGAAGGCUCCCAGUCAUGAUGGCGCUGUACAGGUGGAUUCCAGGUAUUAAGACGUUCCGCGAGGCUGUCUUUAGUGGACACUUUGGGCCCAUUGGAAUUGGUGCCGUGUUCAUAUCGACGCUUGCUGCGCAGGUUCUGCGUGAUAAGCUAGGCGACAACCCCAGCCAUCAGAAUGAAUUACUCAUGGACACCAUCCAGCCGAUUGUAGCGUUCAUGGUUCUGUGCUCCAUCACCAUCCACGGUCUGUCGAUUCCGUCCUUUUCUCUUGGUCGUCGCGUGCAUACUGUAUCGCGGACGUGGUCUCGACACACCACGAUGCCUGAUUGGACGAACCAGGCACGGAUGGUGGAUAGGCGGGAGGAUAUUGUCGUUAAUCGCGAUCAGGUGGAUGACAUGGAACGAGGGGAAAUGACACCGGAGGAGAAGACUGAGGUGGGAAGCUCGCCGAGUGAUGACAGCGCGCCUCCGACGUUGUCGCAGAUGGAAGUGGAGCAUGAAGGCGAGGUGGGGAUGGAGAUGGACGUCGUUCAAAAGGCCAAAGAGAAGGAGAAGACGGAGGCUUCGCUGCAUAUGCCGGAAGGCGAGGAGCCUCCUGAUGGAAGGGGGACUGUUUAUGAGUGGCAGGAAGGUCCACACAGAGUCAUCGAACGGCGUGCUGGGCCCGGCGAGGAGGUUGAAGUCGAGGUUAUCAAGAAUGCAGGCAGAGAAGGAGAAGAAGAGUCUCACACUAUUCGCACUGCGGGGCACGACGGCUCUGUCCGCCGUGAAGUCAAGGCUCUACUUGGGCGGCUGGCAGAUAGGUCCUCUAAGGUCGUCGCGCGCAACAUUGAGCAUGAAGUGUCCAAGGCUGCUAGCAGGAGCGGUCUUCCGCCAAAAGGCGAGGAGGAGGAGGAGGAGGAAGAAGAAGAAGAAGAAGAGGAAGAGGGAUGGGCAUCGGACCGUAGUAAUGCUGAGGCUGGGCCCGCGACGGCUACUGUGGACAGACGGAAGCGGUCGAAAUCGCCCCGGAUAAAGGCUCCGGCGAAGCCUGGAACGAAGAGGCGGCGAGCCUCGAUACGACGCGGCCUGGCGGGGCACUUUGUGGCCCGGGAAGGCCGGGGGAGAGAGUCCAUGCAGCAGCAGCAGCAGCAGCAGCAGCAGCAGCGUCAGCGUCCGAGGGUCGACGAUGUGAGGGCGAUGCAUUCGUCGAGGGAGGCGUCGCCGUCGCGGUCUAUACGCUUCGUGGAUGAGGAGCAGCAGCAGCAGCAGCGUGCAAGUGGGGCGAGCACGCCGAGGAUGAUGAUGGCUGAAGAUGCGCGGAACAAGGUUACGUUUGGAGAGCUGCCGCGGCCGGGCAGUGCGGGUGUAUGAUUCAGAUCGUAUGUAAGUAGGUGGGUGGGUGGGUGGAAUAGAUAUCUCUCGAGGGGACACUUUAGAUACCCUCUGAUUAUGUAGCCUUAUCAAGGUGUAAUUAAAUUGUAUUCGUUACAUGGGCCUCAAUGUUCAUUCGUACUCUAUAUUAGUAAUACAUAGGUUGGGAGGGGGUAUGGGUUGGUUGAUGAUGGAGUUUGGUAUCUGUGAGCGCGCUGGCGAAAUCGAUUUUGGUGGUUUCAGAUCCAG